UCUUCGUUAAGUUUGCUCUGGACUAUUAUACGCCGACACACAGCCGUUUCCCGUUUCUUCUUCCAAGCAUGCCGUCGCUGCCGACCUAGGUACGCCGGGUGCCGACUGCCCAGGUCUUCUUGGGGCCUUCACCGGGGACGGCCACCACCAGAAUGUAUAUGUAGCAUAUGCUUCAAGCGAACAAGGACAAAAUGAGUUCAUCUGAGGAUGACUUCACCGCACUGUCUGAGGGUUCAUCUGAGGAUGACUUCACCGCUCUGUCUGAGGGUUCAUCUGAGGAUAACUUAACCUCACUGUCUGAGCAUUCAUCUGAGGAUGACUUCACCCGACUGUCUGAGUUGACCGUCGGAAAGAACAAAUGUAGAGUCCGGGUGCGCGUCUCACGGCUGUGGGAAUCCUUCAAUCCGAAAAAUGACAUAUCAUUUGGCCUUGACUGUCUUCUGAUUGAUGAUGAGGGUGAAACUAUGCAGGCACGUGUACUUCCUGACGAUAUAGACCAGUUUGAAGAGCAGCUAACUGAAGGGAAGGUCUAUGCCCUGUCGGAUUUUACAGUUGGUGAUACUAGGGAAAGCUACAUGACCUGUAGCAAUGAGUUCACUAUAUACUUUGGAAGGCAGACAGUGGUCAAUGAGAUAGAAGGAGAUAUUGAUUCGAUACCCCUCCACAGCUUUGAGUUCAUUGAUUUUAAGAAUCUCCGUUCUAGGUGCGACGACAAUAGCGUAUUGACAGAUGUCUUGGGCCACAUAGUAUAUGUUGGGGAUCUGCAGGAGGUUGAGAAAAAAUCCCGCACUAUAGAAAUUUGCAACGUAACAAUUCAGAAUUUGAGUGGAAGGAAACUGGGUGUCACAUUAUAUGGAGAUAUUGCUUGCGGUUUUGCUGAAGAUAUGCUCAAGAAAGGCCAAAAAGGCUCAGUUGUUGCUGUCUUUGCAGGGAUGCGUGUUGAAAGCUCACAUUCAGUUUGCUCUACAACAUGUUCAAAGUACUAUCUAGAUUUGGAAAUACCAGAGGUUCAAGAAUUCUGUGCGAAUCUGCACAUUCAGCUAGAAAACCCUAUUCCAGAAAAAAGUGAAGCUCAGAAGUUAGCUGAGAGUUGGCGAACAAUUGAACAGAUAAAACGCUUGGAUCCAAAGGAUUAUGACGAGGAUACCACGUUUCUGUGCAGAGUCUCUCUGAUAGAUAUAGAUUGCACCAGUGGUUGGUGUUAUCUUGGAUGCGAUACCUGCCAAAAGUCAAUGGGCAGGGCCCCAAGAAAGUACAGGUGCAGCCGUUGUGGCCCGAUUAAGAGGCCAAUUAACUGGUACAAGCUGAAGACGACGGUGAAAGAUGCCACAGGCACAAUGACCUUGAUGAUCUUCUGUGAGGUGGCAGAGGAGCUGGUUGGUGUCUCUGCAGAGGAGCUCGUUGAUGAGAUCGAGGAUGACGAGGAGUGGUACACCCUGCCAGAAGAAAUCGAGGAUCUUCUUGGAUCGACCCGCACCUUCCAAGUAUUCGACAAGCACCUAAGCGGGAGCUUCUCUGUAUAUGCAAUCAUGGACGAUGAUAUCGUCCCAGUCCCUGCUGCAACCACUAGUCAAUGCAAGGAGGAGAGUGUACCUGAGGGCAGUGUUAACGCUGCAUUCCCUUCUCCAGCCACUACUCUAUGCAAGGUGGAGCCUGUCCUUGAAGACAGUGUUGGCAUGGCAGCCCCUGCUCCAACCAUGACUCCAUGCAAGGAGGAGCCUUUUAGCAUGGUAGUCCCUGCUCCAACCACGAAACAUGAAUGCAAGGAGGAGCCAUUCGUUGAACAGUGUUAACAUUGCAGUCCCUCUGCCAACAACUACUCAAUGCAAGGAGGAGGAGCCUGUCCCUGAGGGCAGCGCUGUCACGGGAGAAGCAAGGUUGAAGUCCACUCGUCUCCAGAAGCCUAACAAGCGUCUGCGAGGGGAUGACUGGAUCAACUAACUCGUCGGGCCACAUUCACAUUCAGAGUUCAGACACUGUGACUCAUUUAGCGUACUUUAGGUUAAUGCAUCCUCUAGGAUGGGUCAUGUUCUCUUCUAGUACCUGGGAACAAUUGUAUCUACUGCUAUGUCCUGUGACUCGAUCGGGUGUCAGUGCUAGGUAACAGACCUUAACUUGUUUAAGAACUCUGUUUAUCGAUCUGGUGUCAGUGCUAGGUAACAGAUCUGGUUCUCGUUGAGUAGCGUGCUUUCUUAGUGCCUGUGCGACACGGUGCUCAUGGUUUAAAUCCGGAAAUAUUAUUAUACAGUAGCAGUCUAGCAGAGUGUUUUUGCUUGUGGACAUGUUACUGCUAC